AUGAUCAAGCGGAUUUUUUUUUGGCCCGGACAUAUCAAUAUUCUGAUGAUUGUUUGCACAUCGAUUUCUGAUGACUGUUUGCACAUCGAUAUCGUGACGGCUGCAUGCAAAUCGAUGUCAUUCCCUGGUCUUGCACUUUUGCCGCUGCUGAUGAAGGAAACUGCGUUGGCUGAUAUAACAGUUUUGAUGGCACCUAUUAAUUAUGCAUAA